CUUCAGGUUCAGUGAUGAGGUUGUGGUUAAUGAUCUCUGGUUCUGGAUGGAGGAGAAUUUUACACAAACCCAGAAACCCUUCACCCUUACUCUCCGCCGCGGCUCAGAUGGCCACAGAUUCGUCCUGGUUGUCUCCAGCAGAGAGGGAGCAGCUGCUGAUGGAGCUGAAGGCGACAGGGUGGGUGGAGCUGGAGGAGAGAGACGCCCUGUAUAAAGAACUUCACUUCAAAACAUUUAACCAGGCGUUUGGCUUCAUGUCUCGAGUGGCUCUUCAGGCAGAGAAGAUAAACCACCACCCGGAGUGGUUUAAUGUCUAUAAUAAGGUACAGAUCACGCUGACCACUCACGACUGUGGAGGACUAUCCAAAAAAGAUGUCCGGCUCGCCAAGUUCAUUGACAAGGUUGCACUGACGAUGUAGAGCUGUGGAGCGGCUGUAGAGCUCUGGAUCAACUGUAGAGCUGUGGAUCAGCUGUUGUGCUGUGCAUCUUCUGUAGCACAGAGUCUUCUGAACACUCUGUGUUAAUUUAGCGCUUAAAGCUAAUUGCUGCCCUCACGGAAUGCCUGCUUUUCACCUGUAAAUAAACCCAUUCCCACCCCCCCUCCCGAGCAAGUGAAUUUCUACACCAGCUUGAACUUCUGAACCUCUGAGGAUCUCCAGUGUUUCAGCAAUUAUUGAUUUAUAGUUAGAUAUUCUGAUUUAUGUUAAAAGGACUGAAUUUAUACACAACAGAAAUAAAAAAAAUGCAAAAUGUA